CACACGAAUUCGUGGCGCGAGUCUGGCGUGUUAAGGAAAAUAAAAUAAUUUUUCUGAAGCGUGUGUGAGGAUCUUUUGCAGACGCGUCGACGACCGUUGAUGUAAGAUAAUGGCUGCGGCGAGUGCACUGGCUGUUGCAGUUUUCAUCCGAGUGAUCAUAGCAGUGGCAAGCUCAUCAGAUGCCAACACAAACACCACCGAAACAUCGCAACCCAUUCAAAACAAUCGAGAGGAAAGGAUGGCAAAUGACUUCCAGCCUCAUUCCAUUUCGCAAGAAUCCAGAAAGAUGCUCUACGUCAUGGAACCUUCAAACUGGAUUUCAUCUUCCGUUGAACAUGGCGGCAAUUCAUCGCAACAUGUCCAAAGAAAAUCAGACUCCGUCACAGUACCGACGACCACUGAAACUUAUACCCGUUUAUCAACGCUACUUCUCGGCACAUCCAAAUUAGACACUCUCGCUGACACGAACAAAAAUCAUGGGAGGAAAUUCCAACAAGUAAUUUAUGGUCGAAACGCUGAUAAGUCAGUAGACAGCUACGCAAGCGCUUUGAAUUCUGCUUCUUAUCAAAAUGAUAGAAAAAAUCCAAGUUAUGAUUCUGACAAAGAAACAGAAUAUUUUAAUCCGAAUAAACAAAGUGGUGCUUCUGGUUUCACACGCAUGAACCAACAAGAGAAAGGCACAGUACUGCAGUCGCCUGUUAGACGAAGAACAACCUGGAUGAAGCCUGAAACUACAAUAGAAGAUAAAGAGGCUCAUGAUCUCUUAACAGGCAUUUUUGGGAGCGGGAAAGAAAUCCAGGCAAGCUCCAGAUACGAUGUAGGGUUUGAUCAUGAUGACUAUGGACCCGAAGAGUACUACUCACACCCAGAAGAUGAACAUGAAGCGUACUACGAACCUCACCAUCACAACCAUCCUCCAGUACACAAGCAUUACCUGCCUCCUCCAGCAUACUACCCACAUCAUCAUGAUUACCACAAGAGUGUGUUCGCUAAACUGUCUCUUCUAGCCGUGGCCAAAAUUAUACUGGCCAAAAUCAAAGCUUUCGGUCUCUUGAAAAUUCUCCUGCUGAUAGCCAUCAAGAUCCCUCUGAUAUUUCUGAAGAUUUUUCUGAUUCUGAAAGCCAUCAAAGUGUUCAAGGUGUUCACCAUAGCUUCCUUGCUGCCGUUGCUGCUGCUCCCGUUGAUUCCUCUGCUGCUGCUGCUUGCUCCUCUGCUGCUGCUUCCCCUGGCGCCUCUGCUCCUCAUCCCCCUCCUCCUGCCCCUGCUGCUGCCCCUGCUGCUGCUGCUGCCGGUGCCUGUCUUGGGAACCAACGGCAAGAGACGUCGGCGGCGGGACGUGGAACUAGACCUCUCCUCGUUCAGGGGCUGGAGCGAGGCGGACAACCAAGAGGACUUCCUUCUCCUCACGAGAAGAGUCGUGGAGUCUCAGCAGUGUCUCGAAAGAAUGGGGUGCAAGUUGGCUGCGAGCCAGAUAUCCCCGACGUACAACGAAAUUGUGCUAUGGUUGCUGGAGAAGGCGAGACAGGUUACGCCACAGAGGUUCAGGCAGCGCCUGUCCUCGUACGCGGAGGCGUACCGCAGCGGCGGCGAGCAGGGGGCGGAGGCGUGCGGGGCGCGCUACCGGUGCGAGGACUCGCAGCGGGUCCUGCCAGAGGGCAGCGUCCUGGCGAGCCUGCUCUAGGGACCGCCCCGCGCCGCCGCCGCCGCCGCCGCCGACGACGACGAUUCUGGGCCGAGGCCGCCGAGGAGCGCCACGUCAAUGACUCGACGACCAAAAAAAAAAAAAAAAAAAAAAAA